AUGAGUUUUAAUUUUACGGGCACAACACGCCAGAGAAAUAUCAACUUGGGAAAUAGAAGUUUAGUGGGUCGAAACAGAGCUUCGUUUCUCCAGACCACUGAGCGUGAGAGGAAGCGUAGAGAACAGCAUCGAAAGGAGGUUCAUGCUGCUACAACUAUCCAGUCUGCGGUGAGGAGUUAUCUGGAUUUAGACGAUUGUCGGCAAAAUGUCAGUCGAAACUGGGCCGGUGAUUUGGCCGUCUUUAGGUUCUUCUUCCCAUUUCGGGUGGCGAAGCAGAGCCUGGAAAUCACUCAAAACCAAGUUGAUCUACUUGAUGCCAAUUUUGGUGACGGUUCUAGUUUAAUAGACAAUCUUGAAAGAAAUAAACUUGCCUCUUGUCUUGUGGAUUCCAUUCAUCGUGUCUAUACGUACGGAAACGGUCAAUCAGCAGCUCUUAUCUCAAGAUUACUUCAGUCCCUUAAUAAGUUCAUAAAUAAUAUUGACGAGGUUGAUUUAGCUCCCCUAUUUAGAGUUUUAUUUGAUUUACAAUCGCAAGAUUCCGCUCUAUCUUCUACAUUUUGCUUGGCCAUCCUUAGAUAUGGUUCAAUACAUCCUGAUUCCACGUUACUUUCGCUUCUUUCGAGCAAUCAAGGUGAGCAACUAGUUAACAAGGUGGUACGCGGCUAUCAGAUCACUGUGAUUGAUCCGUUUUUAAGGGCGCAAAUGCGAGAAUUUCCACAGCUAAAUCAAACCUUCUCGCAACUCCCUAAGAUAUCCCAGAUUACCUAUUUGGGUAAUAUGGCAGGAUUGCUUUUCACUGGUGGCGAAUCACACUAUAGAAACCUAAUUGAUGACACCACCAUACGAUUUUGGGGCUUUCUAUUGAAGCACUUUGAAGAGGGUGUUGUUUUCACAAGUGACGAUGAUGAUGAUGAUCUAACCACUGAAAUGGAUAUAGAAUCUGCUAACGCCUCUCCUCAUUUGUCCGGUAGUGUUUCUAUCCCACCGCAAUUCAAUGGAUGUGUCUCCAAUUUGUACUUAACAUCGUUUCCGCGACUAGUUUUAGUCCACUGUGGAGAGUCGAAUUUUGAGCUUUUCACCUCAUUUCUUUACGCUAUGUUGCAGUUCAUUGCUCCUCAGUCUGCCAAAUCGAAAAAUGCCACAAAUACAGAGCUUCAAAACAGUUUAGUGAUUGAGCUUAUAGUUGCAUCAUCAACAAAUAAUAUGUUAAAUAAGCUUUACCGAGAGGUAAGUACUAAGAUUGAUAUCCCUGAAGACUCCAGCUCGCAGAAGUUUAUGAGAACGGUGUUUCAGCCAUCAUACAAGACAUGGUGGAUGUCUUUGUACAUUUUUGAGGAAAUGUACUCUUAUAUCUUAUCUGUAUCGCACGAUGCAGAUUUGUUUGGCAAGGGCCGACUCACUAAAGCCAAAUAUCUUUCGUUUGUGAAAUUUCUUAAACGAUUGGUCGUUCUUGCAGUACUUGACUUCCGAAGCUAUCGCAAGCAAAAUGUUGAUUUGCCACUACUCAACUACUUUAAGCAAGCCACUAUGUUAUCCUUGAAGCUUCUUCGCCAAAUAUAUCUGCGAGAUUUGAGGAUGACGUUGUUUUCGGAGGAGUUCUGGUAUUUGGACAAAGACUUUAGUGUGAGGUCUGUUCUUCCGUUACUUCAGCAAGUUGAACAAGCGCAUGAGAUGUAUGAUGACACAGCUGAUGCUAGGGUUACUCCUCUAUUUGAUACAUCUGUGCCUGCCCUUUUCACGACAUCAUCGCUCACAUCGUCACAGUUAGAUUCCGUCAUGGUUUUAACUUACAUACCAUACAUGGUUCCAUUCCAGCAAAGAGCAGCGUUGUUUCAUGCCCUAAUAGAGAUGGAUAGAACCCGGAUAGGCGGAUGGUUCGCACCAAAAACUCAGGGUACAGUGUCUCGUGACAACAUUCUUUUUGAUGCUUUUGAGCAGUUUGGCACUCUUCCCGGAGAACAGUUCAAGAGACCAUUAUCUGUUGAAUUUAUUAACAAGUUUGGUGAGAAAGAAGCCGGUAUCGAUGGAGGAGGUCUUACUAAGGAGCUUCUCACUAGUCUUGUAAAUUCGGCAUUUAUUCCAAGUGUUGAGAAUAAGUCACAUAAUGGAGGAUUCGAGUUUUUUGAUACGACCAGUGAUAUGCAACUCUAUCCAAGCGCUGAUUACUUUCUACAGCAAAAAUAUGCGUUGUUGCAUCCAGAGCAGACAGAAUAUUCUGCAGAAUCUCGUGAGUUCACGCUCCAGAUGCUUCGCUUCUUAGGGAUGGUGGUGGCCAAAUGUCUCUAUGAGAACGUUUUAAUUGAUGUUUCCUUUGCGCCAUUUUUCUUAAACCGAUGGACUGCCAACCAGGGACGUACGAACUUCAUGGGAGCUCCACAGAUGGUUGAAGAAGGUCAAAGGUACCGUAAUUCAUUUGAUGACUUGCAAUCAUUCGACAAUGAAUUGUAUCAAAGUCUUGUGAAAUUAUUGAGGUUCUCGAAAAGCCAGAUCGACGAACUGGACUUGACCUUUACCGUGACAGAAAAGCUUGGAGAAUCGACAUUUAUUACUCUCAACUUGGUUCCUAAUGGCAACCGAAUUUCACUUACUCAAGAGAACAAGCUCCAGUAUGCUUAUUCUGUGGCUACAUAUAAAUUGGAUCAAAGGAUUAAUGUCCAGACAUCAUAUUUCCUAGACGGUCUCUUCCAAGUGAUCAGGCCACAUUGGCUAUCGUUGUUUAAUCCGUACGAACUACAGACGUUGAUUUCUGGAGGUGAAAGAGAAAUUGAUAUUACUGAUUUACAGAAAAAUGUCGUUCUUGGUGGAUACACUACGAACGAUGAGACCAUUAGGUAUCUCUUUGACAUAUUACGAGAAUUUACUGCCGAACAGAAGACUCAGUUCAUCAAGUUUGUCACCUCGUCGUCAAAGCAGCCGUUGUUGGGAUUUAAGGAGCUUAGCCCGAAGUUCGGUGUUAGAAAUUCCGGUAGCGAUCCGGAAAGACUUCCAACAGCAUCGACUUGUGUGAAUUUACUCAAAUUACCAGACUAUAAGAAUAAGGAGUUGCUUAGAAGAAAGUUGUUGUAUUCUAUAAAUGCAGGAGCUGGAUUUGACUUGUCUUAA